AAAUUCAAUUUUUGAAUCUAGGGCACCUUUAAAAGAAAGAUUUUAAAAUGUAGGCUAAGUGUCACUAAUUAAACAAAUAUAUCUAAUUGUCUGCCUCUUACAUGUCUGCGUCUCAAGAGAAUGCAGAAUUCAAUCAACAAAUGAUGUUUUAUAAACAAAGUUUGGGAGGAGCAUGUUCAAACGGUCUAAUCAUCUCCAUGAUGAAUUAUAUAAAUACACAUUUCUUCAAAAAAAAAUUUUUUUUUUGUUAUUGGUAGAUAUUCAUAAAACUUUCGUAAGAUAAACAGAUCAUUAUUAGAGUUGAAUAGAUAAUAAACAAAAAUUAGGCAGCCUCAAUCACGCGACAAAUGCGACCUCUGCAGGACGCAGCCUAAAUAUUCGCUCCAGUCCAGUAGGAGGCGGAAAUGCGUCAUUUGUUGCUGUGAAACUGCGAGCAGCGCGCGAAAGUGUUUGGUUUUGUUAGUAAAUAUAUUCAGCUCGUGCGUGUUUAAGAUGUUUUACAUCAUUAUGAGCUUGAUGUUUUAUGACUGUCUGAUGAUUUCUCGUUUCUCAGUUUAAAUGAUUUACAGUUUAAGGAGAAACGAGCAGAAAUCCAGCAGCUGAAGAUGUUGAGCAUGAAAGCGCAGAUGGAUGUGAUCUGCUGUAAAUCAGUAGGAACUGAUCUGUCCAUGCUGGAUAUUGAGGAUUUCAUCAGUGAAAUCUGUCAACUGAAGAAAGAGGUGGCGUCACUGGAGGCAAAGCUGAGAGAAAGAGGAGACAAACCCAACAGAGAGGAUCUGGAGAAGGUUUCAGUGUGUGUGACUGACGGGACAGAAGCUCAGGAUUCAGUCUGGAGAUCCAGAGACACACAGGACUCAGAGCUCAGCCUCACUUUACUGUGUUAUACUGACGCUCAGGAUCAUGGAUCCACUGAUCAAACCUCUGACUGUAACGCUGGAGAACAGCAGAUGCUGCAGACGCCGCUGAAGAUGUGCUCCGUCAAACUGGUGGACUGCAGGAACCUGAUAGAGAGCAGAGGAGAAAAAAACACAGCAGAGGAACAACAACAGAGACAUGAGGAGGAGGAGGAGGAUGAAGAUGAUGAGUUUAUUCCUGCAGAUGACAACAGUGUUUCAUCUUCUGAUGAAGAAACGGUUUCAACAUCAAAAGAUCAGCUGAAGGUCAAGAGAUUUUCCUGCUCCACCUGUGGGAAAACAUUGAGUUCACAGCGUAAUUUAGUGAGACAUGAGAGAAAACACACAGAACAGAAAGAUUUCACCUGCAAGAUAUGCGACAUCAGCUUUCCCAUCUUAGAAGAGAGGAGGCUUCAUAGAAAAGAGCACAAGAUGAAGAAGGAGUUUCACUGCGAACAGUGCGGGAAGGAUUUUUUCACCACUCCUUCUAAUAUGAGAGUUCACAUGAAGUCACACACUGGUGAAAAGCCUUUCCACUGCAGCGAAUGUGACAAGAAUUUCAGCAGCAAAAGGAGCCUAGAUAUUCACAAGCGAACUCACACGGGCGAAACGCCGUACAAGUGUCCUCACUGCGAGAGAAGAUUCAUGUACGCAUCCCAUCUGAAGACCCAUGUGCGUGUUCACACCAAUGAGAGGCCGUACCAGUGCAGUGAAUGUGGGAAAACCUUUAUGCAGUUAUUUGCUCUUAAGUCACACCAGAAAAUACACUCUGUGGAGAAACAGUAUCAGUGUUCAUACUGUGAUAAACUAUUCUGUCAAAAAUCUAAUUUGAUUUGUCAUGAGAGGAUUCACACUGGAGAGAAACCGUUCCUGUGCUCCUACUGCGGGAAGAGCUUUUCCGAUCAGGGUCAAUUCGGUGUCCAUCAGAGAGUUCACACUGGAGAAAGACCGUAUCACUGCAGCGUUUGUGGGAAGAGUUUCAGUAAACAUGAUACCUUUCAAAAUCACAAGAGGAUUCAUACAGGAGAAAGACCGUUCAAGUGUUCUCAGUGUGACAAGACUUUCGCUCGAUCAGAUGUGCUGAAGAUCCAUGAGCGAGUUCAUACAGGAGAGAAACCUUACCGUUGCUGCAUCUGCGGCGAGAGAUUCACUUAUUUAGGUAGUUUUCAGACCCACCAGAAGAAACACGCUAAAGAACAAACCGCUCCAGAAUCAUCAUAGUGAUUCAGAGUCUAAAUGUCAUUAUGACGAAGUACUUUUUGACUUUUUAAUUUCAUAAUUAGUCAUAAUAAUGACUUAUCGUCUCAUAAUGAACUAGAAGCUAAAGUUUGUAAACAAACUGUGAUGUUGGCUUGGAAAAGCCUGAAGGGGCAACCUGAGUCAAAUGAGCCAACGCACAUAUCUGUUUGGUGUUCUGAAGCUGAAUCCGCCACAAAAUAAUUACAUUUUUUAAAAACUGUGUAUUUAGGGCUGUAACAAAUGAUUAUUUAGAUGAUUGCAGGCACUUGUGCAUGAAAAACAUUGUUUAAACACUUUCCAAUAAAGAUAUGUAAAGCUUAUUUGGAUUUUACAAAAUUA